AUGGCGGCGCAGGUGUUGGCGCUGCUGCGCGCCUUGUCGGGGCCGGAGGCGCCGCUGGAGGAGCUGCGCGCGCUGCACUCGGCGCUGCAGGCCGUGCCCCUGGGCGAGCUGCGCGAGCGGGCGGACGACCUGCGCCUGGGCCCGCUCUUCGCCCUCCUGGGCCCCGGCAGCCGACGGGAACAAACUACUUUGUGUGUAUCUAUUCUAGAGAGAUUGCUCCAAGCUGUGGAACCAGUUGAUGUGGCUAGGAACUUCAGAGUUGACCUGCAGAAAGGACUGGCUCACCCCAGUGAUUCUGUAAAAACCCUCACUCUGUCACAGGUUGGAAGAAUUGUUGAAAGUUCUGAUGCAGUCACUGAGAUUUUAAACAACGCUGAAUUAUUAAAACAAAUUGUUUAUUGCAUUGGUGGAGAAAAUCUGUCUGUUGCUAAAGCGGCCAUUAAAUCUUUGUCAAGGGUAUCACUAACUCAAACUGGACUGGAGGCUUUAUUUGAAAGUGAUCUGCUAGAUGAUUUGAAAAACGUAAUGAAAACAAAUGACAUUGUUCGGUACAGAGUCUAUGAGUUAAUUGUGGAGAUUUCUUCUACAUCACCAGAAUCUUUAAACUAUUGUACCACUAGUGGAUUGAUAACUGAGCUCCUCAGAGAGCUGACUGGCGAAGAUGUGCUGGUCAGAGCUACAUGUAUAGAAAUGGUGACAUCAUUGGCACAAUCUCACCAUGGACGACAGUAUCUUGCUCAAGAAGGAGUGAUUGACCAGAUUUCCAAUAUAAUUGUGGGGGCAGAGUCAGACCCUUUCUCUAGCUUCUAUUUGCCAGGAUUUGUGAAGUUUUUUGGAAACCUAGCUGUCAUGGAUAGUCCUCAACAGAUAUGUGAGCGUUAUCCAGUCUUUGUGGAAAAAGUCUUUGAAAUGACUGAGAGUCAGGACCCCACCAUGGUUGGCGUAGCCGUGGACACCAUUGGAAUCCUGGGAUCUACGGUGGAAGGGAAACAGGUUUUACAUAAAGCAGGAACGCACUUUGAACACUUGCUCAUGAAAGUAGGAUAUCAAGUAAAGAAUGCCUCAACAGAGCUCAAAAUUAGGUGUUUGGAUGCAAUUUCAUCUCUUCUUUAUUUAUCACCUGAGCAGGAGACUGAUGACCUCCUGAGGAUGACAGAAUCUUGGUUUUCUUCUUUAUCACGAGAUUCCUUGGAGCUCCUCCGGGGCAUCAGCAAUCAGCCUUUCCCUGAACUGCGGUGUGCGGCCUUAAAGGUGUUCACGGCCAUGGCGAACCAGCCCUGGGCUCAGAAACUUAUGUUUAAUAGUCCAGGGUUUGUAGAAUAUGUGAUGGACCGAUCUGUGGAGCGUGACAAAACUUCAAAGGAUGCCAAAUAUGAACUGGUGAAAGCACUUGCCAAUUCCAAGACCAUUGCCGAAAUCUUUGGGAAUCCAAAUUACUUGAGGCUCAGAGCAUACCUGAGUGAAGGUCCAUACUACGUGAAGCCUGUCUCCGUGACUGCAGUAGAAGGAGCUGAGUGAUUUCUUCUGGAGCCUUGACUACUGUCACUCAAACUUCCAAGGCACUUCAUCGUGUUUUACAAAACAAAGACUUCCUUCCUUGCAGAAUUAUUAUCGACUGUCUACUAUAAUUUUAUUUUCAGCAUUUUUGUUUUUCUAUAGUGAAAUACAAUGCCGGGCCAGGAAAGCAAGCAAAAUGUGCUUAUGAUUGAACUAGCUGUUUUCCAGAAAACUUUGACUGCCUUAAUCUUGGAAAGAAAGUAUUGUUCUCAUCUCAGAAAAUUUCCAUGGACUUAGUCUUAUUUAAAAGUU